UACGGUCUCAUGGACGCUGCUGCGAUGGUUGAACUGGCUCUUCGCUGGCCACGAGUCCCACCUCAACGUGUUUGUGAAGCACAGGCCCCAAUGACGGACAAUCGUGUACUCAUUCGGGCUCAACGCGUGGAGAAAAUGUAUCUGACAACUGAUGGUUGCGCGGAAGUGGCGCGUCGCCGUGGCGAUCCGUCGCAGAGAGUCGUCUAUCUGGAGCAUGUGCAAGCCAAGUAUGGUGGCGCCUUUCUGCUUUCAGAGCAUGAUAUCUUUUGGAUGUUCCUCUUCAGCUGA